GGGACCUCGUCGAAAGGUUUAUAUUUGGCAGGACAUUGUCCUUUUUAGAGAGAAACCAUGCUGGCCUUGUCAUCAUACAACUUCUUUUCCUGGUCUCAUCGACCGUGCAAGUCCAUCACGGACUCUGAUAAGCGUAGGCCUCUCAUAACACCUCGGUCUUCUUCGAUGACGUCCAUUGCGCUGCAUGAGGAACCAGGUCAGGGAAAAAACGGAUACAAGAUCGCAGUAGAGGAGCAUACAGAAAAGCGGCCUCUGGCGAGCACGGGCGGAUCUCCUAUACCUUUACCUGGCCGAGAAGGGAGUCUUGAAGAUUUGCUAAUAGAUGCGUGUGGGGACGGGGAUGUAAAAGCCGUUAGGUUUUUACUCGAAAAGAAAGCCCCAAUCAACGCAACUCGCCCAUGGGCUGGGCAUUGGGAUGCCCUCGGACUCCCUGCAGCUUGUUUAAAGAACUUGCGGUUGACGCCUCUUACUGCCGCAUGCGCUCACGGACACGAGAGUGUAGUGAAGGCACUGGUGGAAGCCGGAGCGGAUGUUCAGGCCGCGGACAAUUGUGCUGUUUUUGUUGCUGUUGUCGCUGAAAACCCAUCGAUAACCUCCUAUCUAUUAGCCAGCGGAGCCCGCCUAGCUUCCGCGCCCUUCAAUCCAUUGGCCUGGGCGUCUCGCAUGCACAACAUGUCCCUCCUCACUGUUCUCCUCGCUAAUCUUCCACCAGCACCACAGUCGAUUCUUACUUCAGCAGCUCUCGAAGCAUGUGCCGCCGGUCACGACGAUGUACUGCGGCUGUUGCUCAAAUACGGAGUUGACUUGAAAGGGGAGGUUGAAUGCAUUAGAAGAAGUGUCGAAGGCGCAAAGUGGAGAGUUCUUCGGGUUUUGCUGGAUGAAGUUUUUGAUCCGGUAUAUGACUAUGCAAGUGUCAUGGAGCAUGUAUCGGAGAAGGAUGGGCAUUCUGACGGCACACAGGAAGAUCGUUCUGAGCAUGAUAUUCUAUCCAUAGCGGACGAGGAAUCAGCUGUACCUGAAUCUCCUACGACUGCAGCCGACCCAAACUUUGUCGCAGCUGUACCGAUAACCUAUCCCGAUGUUUCGACGACACUCUUCGAAGCGCCGCCAUUUACACCAACGCCAUCCAGGGAAAGUACGGAUCCUUUUACCAGCGUUCAUACACGGGUGGCCAUUCUCCCUGGUAUGUCACGUUCAUUCCCAUCAACACCAGAAUUUGAGCUGUUAUGGGACGAUGUUGUUUCCGACACACAAAUAGGCCAUGAGGAAGAAUACUGUGUUAUAUAAGUAGAUCAUUAGAUGCCGUUUGGUUGUUUUCGUGUUGACAUAUAAAUAUAUAUCGGUUGGGUAUUGCAACGGUCAUCCUCACUGCGAUCAACCUCGUACACCCCCUGAACAUGUACCGCAAAAACCACC